CUUCACAAAAAAGAAAAAAUAAACUACACAUAUAUACCAUAAAAUCAUCCCCGGGCUUACCAUCGGAGACACUCCCAACUCCUUCACCAUCAUCUUCUCUCAUCCAGUGAAUUCCUAGGUGACUUCACUCCGGUUUGCACGACGGAGCUCGGAGCCAUGGCGGCGUAUGCGGACAAAUUCUCCGAGCUCGGUGUGAAGCUGCUAGGGUUGUCGGCGGACGACGUGGAGUCCCACAACGCGUGGAUCAAGGACAUCGAGGCGUACUGCAACGGGUGCAAGGUGACGGACCCCAUCGCGGCCGACCCGGAGAGGAGGAUCAUAAAGGAGCUGAACAUGGUGGACCCGGACGAGAAGGACUCGUCCGGGAACCAGGUCCCGUCGCGGGCGCUGCACAUCGUGGGGAGGAACAUGGAGGAGGUGGUGAGGGUGGCGGAGUCGCUGCAGAGGGCGGCGAAGGGGGAGGCGGUGGUGAUAUCGCCAAGCGUGUCGAAUGAGGAGGCCAAUAGGAUGUUUCCGCAGGGCUACAAGACCGCCGAUGUCCCUUCCAACAAGGGCUACUUGAGGUCAGGGGCGGAUCCAGAAAAAAUUGCCAGUAAGGGCUCCACUAGGGCUUGAGGUGCAGUCGAGCCGUUGUCGCGUUGGUGUCGCCGUGUCUCCGUGCAGCAGGCAGCAACGCUGGUGUCGCCGUGUAGAACAGAGAAGCGGCGUUCCGGGCCUUCGGAUGGCGCGGGCGGCGAAUGUCCGCAGCAUCGUGCCUCGCCUCGAUAGAGCGAUGCGGCACCGCCGGCGAAGAGACGUUUCAGAGAUAUUUUGGAAUUGGGGAUUUUCAGUUUUGCUGCUUUUCUCGUUUUUUUUUAUUUACUUUUUGUUAUUGAGUUAUUUUUAUUUUUAAUUAGUUAUUUUGAGUAGUAUUUUUUAUUUUGGGCUGAAAACAAAUUUUAUUUUGGACCUUUGUAUGGGCUGAAUUUUAUUUAUACUCACUUGUCUAACACUUCUUGGGUUGAAUUUUAUUUAUUUCCUGUG